UUCAUUUCUCCUCACGGGUUCUCUACUCCUCUCGUGUCCGCCCGGUGUCUCCUUAGAGGCCAGCCUCUUCCCCUCCAUAUCGACCACUGCAGCUUAGGACCCAUACUCCAUGGAGAAACAGAGAAGAAGCAUGCUCGCUUUAGUGGCCGUGUCCUUGCUCGUCGCAAUGCUGCCGUCCAGCCAGGCGGCAUACGGCGGCGACGGCUUGUCAAAGGACUACUACAGCUCGUCGUGUCCCAAGCUGCUGUCCUUCGUGAGGGAGGAGGUGACGAGGAAGAAGAACGAGACGGUGGUCACCAUCCCAGCAGUGCUCCGCCUCUUCUUCCACGACUGCUUCGUCAACGGCUGUGACGCUUCAGUCCUAAUAGCCUCUCCCAACAACGAUGCCGAGAAGAACUCGGAGGACGAUGACUCCCUCGCCGGCGAUGGUUACGACACAGUCAACCGGGUCAAGGCUAGGGUCGAGAGGGAGUGCCCCGGCGUGGUCUCCUGCUCCGACAUCCUUGCCCUCGCCGCCAGAGACGUUGUCAGCCUGGCAGAUGGCCCAUACUGGACUGUGGAGCUCGGGCGCCGUGACGGCCUUGUCUCCAAGGCCAGCGACGUGGAGGGCAAGCUUCCUGGCCCUGACAUGAAAGUCAAGGAGCUCACCGCCAUCUUCAAGAACAGCGGCCUGUCCCAGUGGGACAUGGUCGUGCUCUCUGGUGCGCACACAGUCGGGUUCGCCCACUGCACCCGCUUCUACAAGCGGCUGUACAGUUUCAACAGCACCCACGAGACUGAUCCGUGGUUCAACCCGGCCUACGCGCAGCAGCUCAUGGAAGCAUGCCCGCGCAACGUCAGCGCAACCAUUGCCGUAAACAUGGACCCCGUCAGCCCGAUCAAAUUCGACAACGAGUACUACACCAACCUCGUCAACGGCUUGGGCCUCUUCACCUCUGACCAGGUGCUCUACAAGGACAAUGCAUCACAAAAGAUAGUGCAGGAAUUUUCCGCGAACCAGACAAAAUUCUUCGAGGCGUUCACGGAAUCCAUGAUCAAGCUGGGGAGAGUAGGGGUGAAGACUGGAAACAGUGGAGAUAUCAGAAGAGACUGCACUGCCUUCAACCACUAGAUGACUGCUUCAGCAACUGUAAUUCAGAUGUAUUGUUUGGAGUUUGACAUGCAUUUACCUUUCUUAGGGGGAUUUGAUAGACAUAUACUGAGUUUGAUUCUUUUGCAUACGGUUUCCAUUGCUUUA